CCGCCGCGCGCUUCCGGGGCAGUCGCCAGUGCCCGAGCGAGGAGGGCCAUGCUGCCGUUGCGGCUGCUGCGGCGGGCGGGGGCCUCGCUGCUCCGGGCGGGUCCCUCUUCCCCAGGCAACGCCUGGCUGAGCCGCAGCGAGCCGCGGGCCCGGGAUGGACGCGGCAGGGAGGAGGAGGAGGAGGAGGACGAAGGGUACUACCGGCUGUACCCCGGGCACAUCCCCACCAGCCCGCUGCAGAAGGCGCUGCUGGCCGCUGGCUCGGCGCUCGUGGCCCUCGCCGACCCCUACAGGCACGACAUGGUGGCAGUCCUUGGGGAGACCACAGGCUGCUUUGCCCUGCCUAAACUGCGAGACAAGAUGAAACAGCACCCUGAAGGUUACCGCAUCCUCCAGGAACGGCCUCGCAUCCGUCUCUCCACCCUGAACAUGGCCAAGCUGCGGGGGCUGCCGGAUGGCUCACUGGGCCGAGAAUACGUCCGCUUCUUGGAGGACAACAAGGUUUCUCCAGACACUCGGAUGCCGUCCAAGUUUGUUGAUGAUGAAGAGCUGGCGUACGUGAUCCAGCGGUACCGGGAAAUCCAUGACAUGAUGCACACGCUCCUGGGCAUGCCAACCAACAUCCUAGGCGAGGUCGUGGUGAAGUGGUUCGAAGCUGUGCAAACAGGGCUGCCCAUGUGUGUCCUGGGAGCGGUGUUUGGCCCCAUCCAUCUUGACGCACGAAAGCUGCAGGUCCUGGCCACUGACCUGGUUCCCUGGGCAGUUCGGAGUGGGCUCAAUGCCACCUGUAUCCUGAACGUCUACUAUGAGCAGCGCUGGGAGCAGUCCGUGGAUUCUCUGCGGGAGGAGAUCGGCAUCUUCCCUCCCCCAGCCGUUCAAGUGUGACAGCUCCAGUACUGGCAGGGGACAGGGGAUCCCCGUUGGCAGGCAGCAGCUGUCCCCUGCCGUGCUCCAUCUCCUCCUGCCCAGGAGCAUAGCGUGGCUCUGCUGCCAGCCGCCACCGACCUGAGGGCUCCGUUUGCUCCUACUGAGAGCUGGCACCCUCCUGCUGGUAGAGGCCAAGUUGCACCUUGCUGUGCCAUGAGAAAACAUGACCCUGCUGUUUGUGAUUCAGUGGAGGAGUGGCAAGGCCCACUGUGCCUUUGCCAACUGGGUCUGGCUUCUCGGGUCCCCUGGCAGCAGCGCUUCAGUACUGAUGCUCCGAAAUGCUGGGAGCAAACUGCCGUCUUGGCCUUCUGCAGCUCAAGGGCUGUGUAGGUACAUCCCUGUUCCCACCCUCCCUGGGAAGAUCGAGGCUUAAAGUCUUGCGGCUGCCCUGGACUGGAGCUAAACCAGUGAUUUACAGAGCAGCCCACAAGCCAGUGUGAUGUAUCUGACAGUGAAAUCCCAUCUUGUACUGGUGCCUAACUGGUGUCCUGAUGGGUCAUAUGGGAUAUGCCUCACGCCUUGGAGACUAGGCAGUGUGUGACUGCAUGCCCACAGGAGCAGGAGGGAAAUACCUUUGGCUGUUACCCCUGCUGGAUGGGCUGUUCCAGAGCCAAUCCCAGUUUGCUGUGUCUCCCUGCAGUCCCUUCCCAUCAAAAAAUGCUGAAAUCCAUGUGAUUGUGCUGGGUUUUCAAUAGGAAUUGUCCCCUCCUUGGGCAACAAAAUGAUGCGAUCAGGAAUAAGAGGCUGAAUCCUGAAAGUGCAGAAACAGCGGCUGGCUGCGCUGUGUCUGGGAGCUGAUUGCUGUCUGGGUUAAUUAAACAGGGCUCCAGACUGCCAGCAGCUGGAGAGCAGAGCUGUCGGAUGCGAGGGCAGAGCGCCACAAGGCUGAGGGCUCUUUUUACGUGUGGCAUUGCUGUUGAAGUUCCUUCUUGCUUAAUAAAAUCCAUGGUGGAGCUUG